GCUACGUACACAGACGUGAGGAGCGUCUGAGGCGGAAGUAAAUAUUAAAGUGAGGAUUUAAAGCUGCGUCACAAAGUUCGUCAGUUAAAGUCAGUUUAGUUCUUAAACUGAACAAGAACCAGGUUCACUUCACUUCUGCUUCACUCGCGUCAUCGCGGUGAUUCCGUCCUGUUUGCUUGGUGAGUCGUCGGUUAGUCGUCGUCAUGUCGGUCACGGUGAAGGCUUACCUGCUCGGUAAAGACGAGGCGGUGAAAGAAAUCCGCAGGUUCACGGUGGAUCACGAAGUUUCCAGCAACUUCGAUUAUUUGAGUCGGAAAACAGCGACAGUGUUCGGUAAUCUCCGGAACAGCGGCUUCAAUAUGUUCUACAGAGAUGAAGAUGGAGACCUGGUCGCGUUCUCCUCUGACGAUGAGCUGAUGAUGGGUCUGAGCUGCAUCAAGGACGAUACGUUCAGACUCUUCAUCAAAGAGAAGAAGGAACAUCGUCGGGAUUUUCCUCUCCACGCAUUCCCCCCUUGCAGUUUUCCCCCCCCUCCUCCUCCUCACCUGGCCCCGCCCCCUGCACUGCACCCAAACGUCACCUGUGACGGCUGUGAGGGUCCGGUGGUCGGGACUCGCUUCAAGUGUUCGGUCUGUCCGGAUUACGACCUGUGCUCCACCUGCCAGGCCCGCGGGACGCACACCGAGCACGCCAUGCUGCCAAUAUGGCACCCGAUGCAGUGGUUUCCUCGGGGAAGGUGGAUGAAAUGGUUUAGAUCCUGCAAGCAGAACCAGAACCAGGGUCAGUCCCCAAACCCAGGUCAGACCAAAAACCAGGACCAAAACCAGGGCCAGAACCAGGACCAAAAGCAGGACCAGAGCGCUAGCCAGGCUGAAUCCCAAUCUGCAGCCGACUGUGCCUCUCAGGCCAACGUGGACUUCCUGAAGAACAUUGGUGAGGGUGUGGCGGCCAUGUUGAGCCCACUGGGUAUUGACGUGGACAUCGAUGUGGAGCACGAGGGUCAGAGAACAAAGGUCAACCCUUCCUGUUCUGUUGACCCUAACCCUAACCCGAGUGAAGAGGGGCGGGACCCUAUAGAGACAGAUGGUGACACCGAGAGGUCAAAGGUGGUGAGAGACUCCGACGAGGAGUGGACACACCUGAGCUCCAGAGAGGUCGACCCGUCCACUGGAGAACUGCAGUCCCUCCAGAACCAGGAACAGGAACAGGAGCAGAAGCAGGACCCGAUCCAGGUUCAGGUUCAGGUGCAGAAGCAGGACCAGGUCCAGAGCCAAGAGCUGAACCAGGACCAGACUCCACCGUCAGCAGCUCAGCAGGGUCCGUCAGGUCUGAGGGAGGCAGCGUUGUACCCACACCUGCCUCAAGAGGCGGACCCUGGUCUGAUCGAGUCUCUGUCCCUCAUGCUGUCCAUGGGCUUCACUGACGAAGGCGGCUGGUUGACCCGCCUCCUUCAGACCAAAGCCUACGACAUCGGCGCCGCGCUCGAUGCCAUCCAGUACGCCAAGCAGCCCCGCCCACCUCAGCCAUGAUGUCAUCACCUGUUCUUAGCCAAUGACAGCCAGCGCUCAGUCAAUAAUCAAUUCUUGUUAAUCAAUGCGUUAACUGAUUCAUCUUCUUGUUAAUCAAUACUUUGAUUCUGUCACUUGUCAAUCAAUACAUGACUUAUGACAUCAUCGAUCACAUGUUUAUUCAUCUGACCAAUAAAAGCAAAGACAUUCAACAA